UGAUUCUAGUUACAUUGGGGAUAUUAAGUGCCUCUGUAUGUGUUAACUUUAUGUUUCUUGGUGCAAUUUGUAUGGGAUUUUUCUUCAUUCACAAGAAGAAGAAUGAAAGGUCUCAUUAUCCACAAGAAGUUCCUGAAUCAAAUUUGCGUUGCUUUAGCUACAAGGAACUUGAAGAAGCCACAGAUGGUUUCAAAGAUGAACUGGGACGUGGAGCUUUUGGCAUUGUUUACAAAGGCUUCCUGAUACAAACUAAUGCUAGCACUGCCGUGGCUGUGAAGAAAUUGAGUACAGUACUAAGAGAUGGUGAAAGAGAAUUCAAGGCAGAAUUGAAAUCCAUUGGCCAAACACAUCACAAGAAUCUUGUUCACCUACUUGGAUACUGUGAUGAUGGACAAAAUCGUUUGUUGGUAUACGAGUUCUUGUGCAAUGGGACUCUAGCAAACUUUUUGUUUGGUGACAUAAAGCCUAGUUGGAACCAAAGAUGUGAACUUGCUUUAGGAAUUGCAAAAGGGCUCUUAUAUUUACACGAGGAGUGCUAUAGUCAGAUCAUCCAUUGUGAUAUAAAGCCUCAGAACAUACUUCUGGAUGAGUACAUCAAUGCAAAAAUGCAAAAUGAAAAACAUACCUCAUGUUCAAGAUAUGUUCAAGAUAUGUUUUGGUAUGUUUUCAAGUUCUAAACUUUGAAAAUGUGUAUGUAAACUUCUAAAACGUGUAGAUAUCAAAAAAAUACCAAAAAAAAAAAAAAAUCACAAAAAACGGACACCCGAGUGAAAAUUAUGUCUCUUA